AUGCACAGAGCUUGGAUACUGUUCUUCCUGAUUGAAGAGGCUUUCGCUCUGGCUCAGAGAAUUAAAGAUUCCCCUGGUGACCAUGGCGGCCAGAGUCCUAACCAGAACGACUGCGGGACAUGGGUCCGCAACAUCAAUGGAGGGGUUUUUACCUCGCCAAACUAUCCCAACACCUACCCUCCUAACAAGGAGUGUGUUUACAUCCUGGAAGCUCUCCCUAGACAAAGGAUCCAACUGGCUUUUGAUAAGAACUACUACAUCGAGCCAUCCUUUGAGUGCCGCUUCGAUCACAUCGAGAUCCGCGACGGCCCAUUCGGGUUCUCGCCGCUCAUCAACCGCUUCUGUGGGGGCAAGAACCCGGGCGUGGUGACGUCCACCGGGCGUUUCAUGUGGAUCAAGUUCACCAGUGAUGAAGAGCUGGAAGGCCUGGGAUUCCGCAUCAAGUACACGUUCAUUGCAGACCCAGAUUUCCAUCUGCACGUGGGUGGACUACUAAACCCCAUCCCGGACUGUCAGUUUGAGAUAGGUGGCUGGGAUGGGGUGAUCCGCUCCAGCCAGGUGGAGGAGGAGGAGAAGGUGAAGUCUGGAGAUGCUCUGGACUGUAUCUGGACCAUCAGGGCUCCUCCUAUGUCCAAGAUCUACCUGCGCUUCAUGGAGUACCAGAUGGAGCAUUCCAACGAGUGCAAGAAGAACUUCGUGGCAGUGUAUGACGGCAGCAGUGCCAUCGAAAACCUCAAGGCCAAGUUCUGCAGCACUGUGGCCAAUGAUGUCAUGCUAGACAACGGGGUCGGCGUGGUGCGCAUGUGGGCUGAUGAAAAGAGUCGCCUCAGCCGCUUCCGCAUGCUCUUCACCGCAUUCGUCGACCCACCCUGCUCAAGCAACACAUUCUUCUGCCACAGUAAUAUGUGCAUUAACAACUCCCUGGUGUGCAAUGGGGUCCAGAACUGUGUCUACCCUUGGGACGAAAACCACUGUAAAGAGAAGCGUUCAACAGGAUUAUUCCAUCAGAUCACCAAAACCCAUGGCACCGUCAUAGGUGUCUCCUCAGGCGUCGUUUUGGUUCUCCUUAUCAUCUCCAUCCUGGUCCAGAUGAAGCAACCGAGGAAGAAGGUGGUGGCCCGGCGGCCCGGCGUUUUCAACAAGGCAGGCUUCCAGGAGGUCUUUGACCCACCCCACUAUGAGCUCUUCUCCCUACGUGAUAAGGAGAUCUCCUCAGACCUGGCUGACCUAUCUGAAGAGCUGGACAGCUUCCAAAAGCUGCGGCGCUCCUCCACCAUGUCCCGCUGUGUUCAUGAGCACCACUGUGGCUCGCAGGCCUCGGUUGCCACCGGCGGUGGCAGCAUGAAGCACAGCCGCACCACCCUGAGCUCCAUGGAGCUGUCCUACCACAACGACUUCUCCAAACCACCACCCAUGAAAACGUUCAACUCCACGGCCAGCUACAAGAAAGGCUGCUAUGGCUACAAGCAGCACUCACAGACUCACGACUGUGACCAGCAAGUCAUUGAGGACCGCGUCAUGGAAGAGAUCCCUUGCGAGAUCUAUGUCCGCGGUGGCGGGGGAAGCGUGGGGGGAGGGGGCGGAACGACAGCAGGAGGAGGAGCCAUUGGAGGAGCAGCGGGAGUAGGAGGGAUCGGAGGAGCAGUAGGAAUGGGAGGUGCUGUGGGGAUGGGCGGGGCAAUGGGGCUGGGAGGGCCAGUGGGUUUGGGGGGGGCUAGUGGCAUUGCAGGUGGCAUCGGAGGCCCAAUGGCCGGCGGCUGUGGAACCCUCAGUGUCCGUGGCAACAAAGCUCGUAACAAUGUCAGUGUGGUCGACCCGCAACAGCGCUCCAUGUCUAUGGACUUCUAGAUGGAGAAGAGAAUGGGGAGAAGAGAGCAAUGCAGAGAGAUCUCCCAUCUUACUUAUUAAGCUGAAAAAGAGAGGACAAACAGGUGAGGUGAGUGAAGAGGAGGAGGAAGGAGAUUUCUUCUGUUCUCUACUCACACCUCACUUUCGAGUGAGUGCGGUGGGCACCAUUUG